AAUUUGCCGGAUCUCAAAGUCUAGCGACAACCCGGAAGAAAACAUCACUCUAUUCUUAUAUUUUAUUCUGUUGUUUAAGAGAGAAAAAUGACGAAUAGAAGUCAGAAGAGCAACGUGCCGUCUAAUUUAAUCAACGAUGGUGAAAAUGAGGCAGUCUUCAACGCGCUGGGGAGAGGAUGUGUGUCCUUGUCAACUGCCGUGGUGCAGCUGUACCUGGCCAACGACAACAGUCGACAGCGCUGGAACAAGAGGUGCUGUGGCGUAGUCUGCUUCAUCAAGGAUAACCCUAAACGAUCAUACUUCAUCAGGCUCUUCGACCCUAAGAGUAAGAUGAUGAUCUGGGAACAGGAGCUGUACAACCAGUUCAAGUACAAGGCGCCACGGGACUACUUCCACACCUUCGAGGCUCAUGAUUGUCAGGCAGGACUGAACUUUGCCAGUGAGAAUGAGGCAGCCCACUUCAAGAAGGUUGUAGAGGGAAAACUGCUGGAAAGGCACAAUAAACGCAUGGAGCGUAAGAAGCAGCAGGGAUCAGCACCAGGGGGCACUGCUGGAGCCAACCACCCGACAGGAACCAUCAGUGUGGGUACUGGGGCACCCCCCGCCCAAGCAAACGUUAGCCUGGGGGCGCAGAAAGCAACAAACACGGCAAAGGACUCUGGUAAGAAGAAGAAGGACAAGGGGAAGAAGAAACUGACAAAAGAGGACAUCAGCACCCCAACAGACUUCCGACAUGUCAGCCACGUGGGCUGGGAUCCCAACACCGGUCUCGAUAUGCAGAAGUUGGACCCAGAGAUGAAGUCCUUGUUUGAGCAGAUUGGUCUGGAGCAGUCCAACGUUGACGAGGAGACAAUAGACUUCAUCUAUGACUUUGUGGAGAAACAUGGUGGGCUGGACGCGGUCAAGCAAGAUCUGGCUGCCCGCAAACCCCCGCCUGCCCCACCCACUGGUGCUCCUCCUCCACCUCCAACAGCUAACUGGGCCCCAGCCCCACCACCUCAUGGAGGAAGUCACCCACCACCCCCUCCCACCAGGACACAUGGGGCCCCACCCCCUACUCUGCCCCAAAGGAAUGCAGCCCCACCCCCUCCACCUACAACCAGGCCUGGCCCACCACCUCCAGGACCCCCAGGGAUGAGACCACCACCUCCACCCAACAGGGGAGGUCCUCCCCAAGGUAUGAGGCACCCACCAGGUGGCCCACCCCCUCCACCGAACAGGCAUGCCCAGGGGGCGCCUCCCCCACCCCCCAUGGGAGGAGGUGGGCCACCACCUCCACCACCUCCGGCAGCCCCUGCUGCACCCCCACCCCCUCCAAUGGGUGGGGCUCCACCACCUCCAGGUGGUGGUCCCCCUCCCCCCUCCAUGAACCCAGGGAGGGCAGGACUGUUGAGCCAGAUCCAGCAGGGGACCAAUCUGAAGAAGAUGGAUGGGACACGAGGGGGUGAGGUCUCCGGACACACAGGGGAUGCCAGGGGGAACCUGCUUGACUCCAUCAAGAAAGGAACCACUCUGAAGAGGGUUGAGGAUAGCGGCCCUUCCCAGUCAGCCCCUGAGCCGCAGGGCGGAAUUGUGGGCGCUCUUGCCGCUGCACUCGCUCAGCGAAAGAAUGUCAUUCAAGAUUCUGACGAUGAUGAUGACAGUGAAGAGGUUGAUGAUGAUGAUGAGUGGGACGAUUAGUUACAGAAUUGAGUAACAAAAGACAGAUGAUGAGCGGCAUUCUAGGCUGACUACACUGUUGUCACUAGUACUGAACGCGUCUGACAAAACAUUGCAUAUAUCUUCUAAUGAACUGUGAAAGAGAAAAUUCUUUUUAAUGUGAUUGUCUUUUAAAGGAAGCCAACUUCCUCACUAUAGAGAAAUAACAUAUAAACUCACACCGUUCAUUGUCAUUUGUUCCAAAACACUGCUUUGAAAAAAACCUCAGAAUUUCAAUAAUUCACAAUUCAUACAUGUGUCAAUUAAGAGUUGCACCAUUGCAUAGCCAGCUAUUUUAUUUUUACAUGUAGAAAAUAAUCUAAUGUUGACAAUGAAUUGAUGAAUGUUAAAUUUAAAAGGAAUAGUUGAUAUCCAUUGCUUUCUGAUCAGUGAUUCAACCCAAGGCCGUGACAUUUUAUACCUCUUCUAACAUAUGCUCAGAUUGGUGUAUAUCUGUACAUGACUAGUUACUUGGCACUGUAUUGUAUUUUGCUCUGUUCUGUGAUUUAGUCUGACUGAUAUUUAACAAAGGUUUAUUCAGGUAAACAAUAUAUUUUUUACAUACAGAAAAAAAGUGUUUAAAUUAAUGUAGUAAUAAAAAUAUGAUAAUAAAAUUAAUAUAUACAGUAUAAAAAAGUUUUUGUAAUCAUUCUUUUUUCAUUUUUCAGCCAAAUUUUGUCCACAGCAGAACAAUGAUACCUAUAAUUAUUUAAUUGAUAUCACAUUCACAAUCAUGUACCAUUGAGCGAAUGAACAAGCUUUGACAUAAACCUUUCUUGUUUUCUCUUUGUAUUGUGUAAAUUCUCUUCUUGGCUUCUACAUUGCUUUGACUGUUUUUGUACCCAUAUCUCAAUAAAUGAUCCAGAUACACAUGC